CGCGCGCCCGCGUCCUUUUGUUUUCGGUUUGUUUGUUUUGUGCAGCGUCUGAGUCUCGCGAGAUUUUAGCGCGUUCCCCGAGGAAAGCCACACGGGACAGCGACGAACGGAAAUGGACGCCAGCAGCAAUGGCCAUUCGAAUAGCAGUGGAGGAACGCACGGGAAACCACAGAAGUGUAAUCAAAAUGUGCAGGUUUACGUUCGCGUCCGCCCAACAAACAGUCGCGAAAGGUUGAUUCGAUCGCAGGAGAUCGUGGAGGUGAUCUCACCCCGGGAAGUGCACCUGAAAUCCACGUACAAUGAUUCGCGAACGUCGAAAAAGUUCACAUUCGAUCGAGCGUUCUGUCCGGGUUCGAAGCAAAAUGAGGUCUACCACUCGGUGGUGGCACCGUACAUUGAGGAGGUGCUGGCCGGGUUCAAUUGUACGGUGUUUGCCUACGGGCAGACGGGCACCGGCAAAACGUUCACCAUGGUCGGUGAGGAAGAACCGGAGCUGAGUGCGGCCUGGGAGGAUGACACAAUGACCGGGAUCAUUCCGCGCGCGGUCAAUCACCUGUUCGAUGAGUUGCGUUUGACCGAGCUGGAGUUUUCGAUGCGAAUCUCCUACCUCGAGCUGUACAAUGAGGAACUGUGCGAUCUGCUGUCCACGGAUGACUCGGUGAAGAUCCGCAUCUUUGACGAUGUGCAGAAGAAGGGCUCGGUGAUCGUGCAGGGACUGGAGGAGAUACCGGUGCACAGUAAGGACGAUGUGUACAAGCUGCUGACGAAGGGCCAGGAGCGGCGCAAAACGGCGUCCACGCUCAUGAACGCGCAAUCGUCCCGCUCGCACACGAUCUUCUCGAUCAUCGUGCACAUCAAGGAGAACGGUAUCGAUGGUGAGGAGAUGCUGAAGAUCGGUAAGCUGAACCUGGUCGAUCUGGCUGGCAGUGAGAACAUCUCGAAGGCGGGCAACGAGAAGGGCAUCCGGACACGGGAAACGGUCAACAUUAAUCAAUCGCUGUUGACGCUCGGGCGUGUGAUAACGGCACUGGUUGAGAAGACACCGCACAUCCCUUACCGUGAGUCCAAGUUGACGCGCUUGCUACAGGAAUCGCUCGGUGGCCGUACGAAAACGUCCAUCAUUGCGACGAUAUCACCGGGCCACAAGGACUUUGAGGAAACGCUCAGUACGCUCGAGUACGCGCACCGUGCCAAAAACAUUCAGAACAAACCGGAGGCCAACCAGAAGCUGUCGAAAAAAACGGUCAUCAAGGAGUACACGGAGGAGAUCGAUCGUUUAAAGCGCGAUCUGAUGGCGGCCCGGGACAAAAACGGUAUCUUUCUGGCGGAGGAAACGUAUAACGAGAUGGUUUACAAGUCGGAAGCGGCCACCAAAGAGCUGAACGAUAAGUCGGCCCUCAUCAAAGCGAUGAAGGAUGAGCUGGCCAAGAAAGAAUCAAUCUUCCGGGAGGUGGCAGUCAGUUUGGAGGAACGCGAAGAGGAGCUGCGCCGCACGGUGACGGAUCUGGGCCAGACGCGCGAGGAACUGACGAGCACCAAGCGAAACCUAUCGAAGACAAAGCGCCGUUACGUCGAGAAGAAGGUUGUACUGGAAGAGCAUUUGAAAACGGAGCAAGUGCUGACGGGCCAAGCAAAAGAGCUGAUCAGUGUCGUCGAGAUGGUCACGGAGGAUGCCGAUGGAUUGCAUGAUACGGUCGAUCGACGGAGAGAAGUCGAUAAUAAAAACCGGACCGCCACGGAAAUGUUUGUCAAUCGAGUUCGCAAUCGGAUAACGACCAUUCAGAGUGAUGUCUCUGGUUUGGUCGAGCAAGCGAAUCAACUGACGAAAGCUUUAAACGCAGCUACAGAACGCCAUGAUAAAGAUGACCAGAAACUGCAUGCCCAAACCGUAGACUUCUUCUCGACACUGGAAACGGUAAGCCAAAGCUUGGUGCAGGAAAACACUGGCCUCGUCGAGGGUUUUAAGGCAGCGUUGGGCGAUCAGCAGAACGUGCAAUACAACGCCGCUAUCCAGUACCUAGAGCAGGUCGAGCAAAGUCGCAACGCUAUGCUACAGUCGUUCAUGGCCACACUCGAAGAGGUAAAAGCUGGCUUAAGAGAAACCGUGCAACGGCACACGACAGAACAGCAAAGCCAGUGGUUAAAACUGAUCGGGCAUUGUAAAACCCGGGACACCCGGACUACCGAGUUCUGCGCAUCGCUCGGCAACAAACUUUUCGAAAUGGAAACGCUUGUUUCGCAGUUCGAGCAGAGCCGCAAUCGGCUACAAGAAUACAGACAACAGUCUGAAUUGGUUCACUUGGAAACGCUGGACGAACUUCGUAAGAUCGAGAAAAAUGCCAAGAGUUUUUACGAGGAUCAGCUAACUAGCUUCUUCCAGCGGAUGUACGAUGCCACGAAACGUCGUGCCGAGCUUUCACAGACCGUAACUGCCUUACAGGAAGACUUGAAGGGUCAAGAACAGGCCACACAGCAGCAUAUAGCAGCCAUUAGACAAAGUGUUGGUUCCGAGGAGAGUGCCAUCGGCGAGGGCACCACCGUUCGGGAACAGCUAACGAAACAGUGGGACGAGCUGAAGCGCCGGCAGAACAGGGCAACCGAAGAAAAGCUGCAACAAACGCCUCUCGAUAAGGUGGAACUGCGUGCGACAGAGCUAGCAAAUGCUAUCGCCCAAGAGCGAACCCGUUUGGACGAUGCACAACAAGACGCACAGCAACGGCUAGCCUCCUUUGUCGAUGCCGUUGCCACGACGAAUGACAGUUUCCAAGAAGCGCAGCGCGAAACGUUCGUAAAGGUUCAAACAUGUAUGCAGGCACAGGAAACGGGCCGCCAGGAGUUUGCCUGUUCCGCCCGGGAUCACACUGGCCGUCUAACGGAGACGUUCGUUACGCUUAAGCGGAAGGCUAACGAGGACCAGCUGAUAGAACUGCAGGCGGAGGUUGAGAAGUUCCGUCAACGAGAACUUACUUUCUACGAGCCCACCGGUAAGACGCCAAUCCGGAAGCGUGUGCAGUACCCAAGGGACGUUCCUAUGACGGCGCCGGAUGAGCGCAUCAUUCGUCGGUACUGGCGUGAACGUGGUGAAAUGAUGGAUAUGUCGAUGACGAUAUGUGAGGAUGAAGAGACAAUUAGUCCGCUGAAGACCGAGUACCAGCGGAGUAACGAGAUCCGCAACUCGACCCCCCUUACGCAGAAAGUGUUGAACAACGUGUUGGACGAAGAUAGGGAGCACUUCAAGGAACUACACAUCUCCAAAAUCGAUUCCAAGGUUUUAUCAACCGCACACGUGUUAGUGGACGAGUAUGAUAAGGAAAACAAAACCAUCGAAGAAGUUGUUGUCAGUGAAUAGGAUGGUUUAGGCAUAAAUUGGUAUGGGUUGACUUUUUCUUUUCUAGCGUACGAUAAGUUCUGCAAAAUCAGAAAGAAUAAUUUUUAAUAUACCCGAUCGCUAACCAGUGAUGUUAAAGCUUUGUUGGGGACCUGGAGAGGAGGGGCAUGGCUGUAGCAUUUUAACAAAACAUAACGAUUUUAUCUUCCUUAACACUUGUAAAAAACAUGACGACUGUGCUAAAGCUCCGCAGGCACACUCUUCAGCCUUCGUAACAACGCAUAGAAAGUGAGCAAUAGAUAGUGGGAAAGAGUAGAUGCAGUUUCCUGGAAAGAGAUGGUUAUUUCAAAAAUAAACAUACAACUACAAAACGCAUACUGUGGAGACCUGAGAAAAGGGGUGUUUCGAAAUCGAACAACAGAGAAUGCGGUUGUAAACGUUGUGCUUCCUGUUUUGGUCGAGUGUAUUUCCGCGUACUGUGCGUUUUUGUAUUUGAAUAUAUUUAAUGACAAAUAUGAAACCAAUUCUUCACUCUGAUUGGCAUUGAAAGAAAAGGGAUGAGCUAGUACAUGAGGAGCUGUGAUCGUUCGUGAGUCUCUAUCUAUUAUUGCUGUCAACAUUUUUAAGGAAAAUUUAAAAAAAAUUAAAUUAAGGAAACGAGGAGCGCUUGAAGUUUGCUCACUUAGUCGUAGGUUGCUUGAUGAUGAUGAUGAUGAUGAUAAGUGAUUCGAUUCAGCGGUUCAUCAGCUGGUUGCCAUUGGCUUCGGCGUAUGAUGCCUUUGAACACGGUUUAAUUUGCUUAAGUUUAAAACAUAGCAUUAUGUUUCUCACUC